AUGAGAUCGAAGUCAAUUCUUUAUGGUGCAGCUAAUCUUCCAAUUGAACCAACAAGCAAUGUUGAUUCAAGAACAACUAAUAACAUUGUGAUAAAGAACUAUCCAUCUGGUACAGUAAGUGAUGCUCCAACAGAGAUAAAAAAAGAGGAAACAACUACGAACUCAGAAGCACCAAUGUAUCCUCCUCCUUUAAGUCCAUUAACUUCCAACCUGACCUCAUCGAGAUCUGUGGAGACUUCAUC